UAGGGUGUUGGUAGGACAAGGAAAGCCUGCAAUGCAAAUUAGCGUUGCUGGAGGAAAGUGAGGUGGGCAAAACGAGCAUCUCUCUGACGCAGCUGAUGGGCGUCUGCUUGGCUUCGCCUGUUCCUCCUCUCCCAAGGUGAACGAUCCAAGGGACCGGAUCCUUGGACCUGAAAAGUUAAUGUUGCCUACCGAGGCAGAGGCUUUUCUGGGCUCGCCCGGAAUGGAAUUCUGGGUCAGCCCCGCUACUUGCGACGAAGUCAAGGAGAACAGCGACCUGAGCGGUAACGAGGAGCUCUUACCCCAGGAAUUGGAGGAAGUAAUGUGUUCUGAGCGAAUUGAGAAGAUCACCAAAACAUACCAUGAUAUAGAUGCGGUCACCACUUUGCUGGAAGAGAAGGAACACGAUUUGGAGUUAGCAGCCCGCAUUGGGCAAUCGUUGCUCAAACAAAAUCGGAGUUUGUCUGAACGCAAUGAAUUUUUGGACGAACAGCUAGAAUUAGCAAAAGAAGAGAUAGCUCAGCUGAGACAUGAAAUAUCAAUGCGGGAUGAUCUUCUCCGCAUGUUUACCAACAGCACUGAAGACAGUGAGCCAACUUCCAUCAUUUCUACUCCGUUACGAAGGGUUGAUUCUUCCCUCUCUCUGCAGCAGUGUUUGCAAUAUGACCUUCUUCAGCAAAAACUUAAAGGAUUGGAAGAGGAGAACCAAAAACUGCGUACUGAAGCUACAAACAUUGCCACACAAACAUAUGAAUAUGAAGACCAGGAACAGAAGCUCAUGCUUGAUUGUGUGGAACAAUUUUCGGAUACCAGCCAGCAAGUUAUCCUGAUUUCUGAGGAGCUGGCUCUCAAAACAGAGGAUUCAAUCCGGCAACAGGAGGAGAUUAGUCAGCUUCUAGCACAGAUUGUAGAGCAACAGCAGAAGUGCCGUGCGUAUUGUUCUGAAGUGGAGCAAUUGCAACAGCAACUCACUGCAGCCAAAGAAAUCCAAUCUCAGCUUUGCAGAGAGCUCCAGGAUUCACAGGAGAAAUACACAGAAUGUCAAGCAAUGUUGCAUGAAGCUCAGGAGGACAUUAAAAAUCUUCGCAACCGCAGUUUGCCCAACAGCACCAUCCACCACAGUUCCCCCACCUUCUUACCUCUGGAUUCCCUGGCUGCAGAGAUCAAGAGCACAAUGAGAAAAGGGAUGGACAGCUCUGGGUCAUCUGAGUACAAAAGCUUCCAGCGUGUGUUUGAGACAGUGAAGGCUGUGAAGCGAGCAACAAAAGCUAAAUCGGGAAGGGCAACCCCUUUGAGUUUUCCUCCACGUCCCCCCAAAGCAGCUUCAGUGGCCUGCAGUCACUUUAACACUCCACGUAACAACCACUAUGGUUCAGAUAGCCCCAUUAUGCUAGAAGAAAAGAGUCACCUGGCUCCUGAAGAUCUCAAUGACACUCACCACAGCAUGAAUGCUACGUCAGGUACACCUGGCCACCAUGUCUUGGAAGCUGCUAUCCAGAGUUUGUCUGCUCGCCAGAAGAACCACAGCACUGAGCAUUCGUUUUUUGAGAUGGAACGUGAAUACAAACUGAGGCGCCUGGCUUUGGAGGUGGAGGACUUCAGUGGGUGCCUGACCCCCAAUGGCAGCAUCGCAUCCAUAGGCACCAACUAUUCAGGCAGUUCUGGCACUUCCUUGGGAUCCUACUCUUGCUUCCCUGAUAAGCUUCAAAUUGUUAAGCCUAUGGAAGGUUCCGUGACUCUGCACCACUGGCAGCAGCUGGCCCGGCCUCACCUGGCAGGAAUCCUGGACCCUCGACCAGGUGUACUUACCAAAGAUUUCCGCCAGCUUGACACUGAUCUUGAAGAGGUCCAUAAUCUAAAUGACUUAGAAGAAGAUGAGAUGGAUGGCAGCGCCUUGUCUUCCCUUGCUGCCUCAACAACUGUUAAAGCCAAAGAAAGGCCAACUGUUUUUCACUCCGUUAACAAUCUGCCCCAGACCCCGCCUACUUUCACCAUCACCACCUGUUGCAUCAUGCACCCUAUCAAAGAGAUUACCAUGGUGACACCCAGUCUUUAUAAUACAGUUGUGCCGUCUUGUGGGCCCUGCAUGGGGCUGAGCCCGUCUUCCCCUCCUCAGCCCCCACUUCAGGCACAACACAGGCAGGAGAAGAGAGAGAAAGAGCUUGGACUGGUGACUCUCCUGACAGAGCAAGGCAUUUCUGCACAGAGCCAAGGAGGGGCGCUCGUGUCCCCACCCCGAGUUAUUAAGGAUCCAAGCCUCUCCUCUUGCUUUUCUUCUCCCUUGGUUUCACUGUGGCACUACCGCUCGGAUAGCUUUGCUGAUUGGGCUUCAGGACUGCGUCCACUGCAGCACAAGAAAUCUGAGAAGAGUCUGAAUAGUAUCUUCAGCUUGAACCUGGUGGAGAAACUGCAGCAACUGGGGCUGGACAAAGUGUUGGCUAGAGGGGAAGCAUCAUACCUAACCUCACAUCAGCAGGAACUUCGCCAGGGAAAGAAAUGUCUCUCUGGACUGAGCAACCAGCAAGAUCCGGUGGAGCCUCAGUGAAAAUGAACGGGGGGUCUUUCUCUCUGUGUGUGUCCUAUUGCCUGCUUUAGAAAGCUGGACAAAACUCGGUUGUACAGCUAGAACACUGGGUGUGCUGGGUUGAGGAGCACUUAAGUUCUCCCUAGAGCACUGUUUUUCUUCAUUACUUGUGAAUCAUUCUGUUGUUGGCAUAUCCACUACAGGGGUACAUUGCAUCUCCAUCCUUCAAUUUCUCCCCCCCCCUCCCCUUCCCUGCUCCCCACUGCUGGUGGAACAUUUCUGAUAAAUUACGGUUCCCAGAUCGUUAUCUAGUAUCCCCGAUCCCAAGCCCAUUUCUUCUGCCUUUUUUCCCCAGUCUUAUUCUACUAGAAUUGCACAAGUCACAGAGCCUUCUGGGUGAGGGGGCAAAAGCUUUGAACUUCUUAGCUACAAAUGGUAGUGGGCAGACUGAGCAUUGGAAGCAGCAACUGAAGUAGAUUGUUGUCUGGGACUAGAAGCAAAGGUUAGCACUGGCUUUUCCACAUUUUCUUUCUUUUUCAGAUGUUUUCUUUCCCUCUGUCUCUGCCCUCUUUAUGUUUCUCAGUUUCUAUAGGGAUGGCAGGCUAAGUGGAAAUUUUGGUGGGAAGUAAUAUUUUGUUGGGGGGAGUUGAUUGGAAACAUUUCUUAGUUCUCUUUUACUACCAAUACUAGUAUCCUUGACUUUUGUUAACUGUGACAUGGUGUCUGUGUCUUCAUUUGGAUGAAGCCUGUUGAGAUUUUCCCACUUAAAGACAUAACAGUUUAUUAUAAAAAAAAAUUGAAGAAAGUUCAUUGGGCUUUGGUUGUGAUUGUAUUAUAUUUCUGAUACUUCCGAACCAAGGGCUGUUUCGUUCUUUUUGGUGUCUGAGCAUGUUCUUUUGGGAAUGUAGAAUUUCCUGCUUCUUAAAAUUUUUCCCCAGCACUUUAUUUCUCUUUCCAAUCUACUGUACAAGCUGGAUCUGUGUUUAUGUUUUAUCCACACAAAAACAGGACUAGAUCAUGUUCCUCCCCAUUCCUCCCAAGUGAUUAUUCUCGUUCUUUUCAAGAGUUAAUCCAAGUUUGCAAUGUGUUGUGUUUUUCUUUCUUCUCUUGAAAAUAAUGCCUGCAUUUUUCCAAUUAUGAAUGUUAAAUUAAAAAGCCAACCUCCAUCCCUCUUGGACCCGUCUAGUUCUGUACUCUGCUUAUAUAUGUAUGCUGCACAAAAUGCCAUUUGCACUUCUUCUGUGAAGGCCAGUUUGCACUCUCCCACAUAUACAGUUCUCUUCCUGUGACUUCGUAAAAUUAAAUGAUGAUGCUGUUUCCCUGA